UUUAUCAUGACUUUGACGUAAACGCUAUCUGAUACAAUAAAAGAAAGAAAAAAAAACCAGCACACAUCCCAUCCGAUUCCAGGAAAUGCACUGGCCACAGUAAUUGAACCAGAUGGGAGAGAUUUGGUUACGAACCAAUUUAGCCAUCACUUUAUGUGGAAACUAAUUGUGUGCUUUGACGAAAUGAAUUCACCGUAGCCAUACAAUCUACUGCGUAAUUCGUUGAUUUUUUGUGUGUAUUUUUUUAUACAAUGUGGUAUGCUGCACUCGUUCGCAUACUACGCCGACGUAUUGUUCUGACCAUUAUAUUUUUGUUGUCAUUGACAUAUUGUUUGGUCAAUUUGUGGGGAAAUAGUGGCAAUAGUUAUAAAGACAUUGAGGAAAUUACAUAUAAAAGAGAACAACCGCUAAUUUGGCGUGAAGACCCAAUAAACAAUGGAACGAAUGGUGGAAAAUCAAAAGGAUGUCGAAAUUCGGUGCAAGGGAAAACUCUGCUCGUUGAUGAAGAGGGUUAUGUCUGUUCUCGGAGUAAUGUGUUGAGUAAUGGAUGCUGUGAUUCCAAUGAAAAUGUUCAGUAUAAUUGUGAUACAUGCACUGAGUCAGAAGGGUGUUGUGCUGUCUAUGAAAAAUGUGUUAGCUGUUGUUUGAGUCCUGAUAAACGACCAAUUCUGGAGAAAGCAAUGGAACUGGCUUCUGGCCGUCAAACUGCCCUAUUUGCUACGGUUAGAGAUCAAUUCGAACUAUGUUUAGCAAAAUGUCGAACAGAUUCACAUUCCGUUCAACACGAAAAUCAAUACAAAAAUCCAGAGACCAAGUUCUGUUAUGCUUACAUUGAAGCGCAUGAAUCACAGCGCGACAACUGACCAAAAUAGUGUGCUUUAUAUAAUUUAAAAUACUUGUAACAAACUUUAUGAAAUUGAAUUUAUAUUUUAUCCUUUUGACUGUAGGUUUAGGUAAGAAAAAUGAAAAUUAGCAUAAUAGUAGACAUUUUUAGAAUAAAAGAAUUCAAUGCACGAUUUAUUAUUACUUCGUUGUGUGUA